CUGCGAGCUGGAGUGCUGUUUCACCAAGACAACGCACCGGCUCACAAAGUCGCAGUUGCGAUGGCUGCCAUCCAAGAAACGGGAUUCGAACUGCUCGAACACCCUCCUUAUUCGUCAGAUCUAGCUCCUAGUGAUUUCUACCUCUUUCCUCGGCUCAAGGAACGCCUCCGAGGCAAGAAAUUCGAAGACGAUAGCAAAGUAAUGGCCGCUGUUGAAGCGUUUUGGGAGAGUCAAGACAAAGAAUUUUUUUCAAAGGGAAUCCUGGGUUUGGAAAAAAGAUGGACUAAAUGUAUUGAUUUGUUAGGAGACUAUGUAGAAAAAUAA